UUUAAUGUUUAAACCAGACAGAUCAUUUGGACUUCAGGAGGAAGAGAUGUCUCUGCUCCUGCUCUUCACUCUGUCUCUCUGCUGGUGGGCGGCGGCUGCCAGGUCGCAGUGGAGCGAAAAACCGAAAAUCCUCUUCCCCGAGGACAUGAUCUUCAUCGGGGACUCGUUGCGGGUCACCUGCACGCUUCCCAUCGACUACAAGGGCGGCGAGUGUCGUCUGUACAAAGACGACGCCCGCUUACCUUUCAAGAUGAUGAUCGCAACCGAUUGGAGCUGUGUCUUCCAGGUGACCUCUGACGAGCUGAUGGGACGCGGCCGGAGACCCGGACGCUUCUCCCUCAAGUGUGACUACCAGCUGCAGGAGUACACGUCAGUGAGCAGCGACAGCAGAGGCAUCUCGGUCCACCGGCAAGUGCCCCCUCCUGAACUAAGCGUCAGCCACCGGUUUGUGUCCCCUGAGGACAGCGUGGAGGUCCACUGUGACGCUGACUCCUACGAAUGUUCGUACUUCAGGAAUCAGGCCUGGAUCGCAACGAGGCCCUGCAGAAAAAACCUGACAGGAAAGCAGCUCGCCAGGUGGAAGAAGCCAACCCUGCUGCUCCCCGUCAACCUCACCUGCACAUAUGGCGUGUCCCCUCCCAGCAACCACAUGCUGCUGUUUGUCGUUGACACAAGUCAAGCCUCCUCGUCUGUCGACUGUAAAGUUUCCGUGGACGACGACCAGAUGCCGGCGUUCAGAAACGACAGCUGGACGUCUGUUGGCGAAGACGGGCUGACGGUCAAAGUUCAGGCCACAAACAGCACCUUGAGGACCAACGAGACCUGCAGCCACAUCCAGACUCAGACCUGAUUAACAGAUCCAGACUCAGACCUCAUUAACAGAUCCAGAGUAAUUAAAUAAAUACAUUUAAUUAAUAUAUACCUUUAAACAGCAGAAGAAAAAAACAGAAUGUUCCUUUCAUGCCUCAAAAUAACUAAGUAAAAUCACGAAGUACAUUUACUCAAGUACUGUGCUUAAGUAUAAUUUUGAGGUACUUGUACUUUACUUGAGGAUUCCAUUUUAUGUAACUUUAUACUUCUACUUCAUUACAUUUUGGAGUAAGGCCAAGCGCAAAUCGUGGCAGCGGCACCUCGCUGCGGCAUCUCUAGUGGCACCCCCGGAUGCCACAGCGAGGUGCCGCUAGCGUCGCGGCACAUGCCAAUGUUUGGGGGAGAUGCCACGGCACAUGCCACUAGAUGCCACGGCACAUGCCACUAGAUGCCACGGC